GAUUUUCUCUUUAAAAAAUUAUAUAUAAUAACCAGCCGACCUAGCUUACAUAUGUCAUUAUCGUAUAUAAUUCUAAUAUAUAUUUUUUGUUGGUGUAUUUAUUCCCUAUAUUCAUGGACUUUCUUCUCUUUGGUGGGUCCUAAAAUUAAAACCUUGUGUUUAUAAGCUUUAUUUCUCUGUAAUAACGUGUUCAUAGAAGGCAAGGAUAGCUUCCACAAACAUCUUCACCAGGCCACCUUAGCCUAUCCUUUUAAACACCUUCACCUGCAAGAGGAAACCAAACCUUGCAGUCGCUUUUGCCUUGGUAUUUCUUCAACUAUCAACUAUAUAUUUUCUGAACCUUUACAAUUAAGACAACUAAACACUCAUUUUCCUUAUAUAGAAAUAAUCCAGGGAAUUCUAUAACCUACCCCUCUUCAAAGCUCCUCUAUAGCUAUAACAAUAAUAGCUUCACCUAUGUCAAUUAUUUCUCUGGUCUUGGUUUUGAUAACCGGGCUGCUCUUAUUUGUUAGCUCAGAUCAAUCUGUUAAUAGAGCUGAUUUUCCUGAUGGUUUCGUCUUUGGAACAGCUUCUUCAGCUUACCAGUUUGAAGGAGCCGUGAAUGAAGGAAACAAGGGAGAUAGUAUUUGGGAUACGUUCACUAGGAAACCAGGAAAGAUUAUGGACUUCAGCAAUGCAGAUACAGCUGUUGAUCAAUAUCACCGGUUUGAGAGCGAUAUAGAUUUGAUGAAAGAUUUGGGAAUGGAUGCGUACAGAUUUUCAAUAUCUUGGUCAAGAAUAUUUCCAGAUGGAGCAGGGGAACCAAAUGUAGAAGGAAUAAGCUACUACAACCGGCUCAUUGAUGCUUUAAUAGAAAAAGGAAUCCGGCCUUUUGUAACUCUAUAUCAUUGGGAUCUGCCACAGAUUCUUGAAGAUAAAUAUGAAGGAUGGUUGAGUAGACAGAUAGUAGAUGACUUUGAGCAUUACGCCUUUACUUGCUUCCGAGCUUUUGGAGACAGAGUGAAACAUUGGAUCACCAUCAACGAACCUCAUGGUUUCUCAAUCCAGGGUUAUGAUAAUGGCAUUCAAGCUCCUGGAAGGUGCUCUAUUCUUGGUGGUCUACUUUGUAAGACAGGAAACUCAUCAACUGAACCAUACAUUGUAGCUCACAACAUCCUUCUGUCUCAUGCUGCUGCUUAUCACAGUUACCGGCGAAAUUUCAAGGAAAGACAAGGAGGUCAAAUUGGAAUAGUAUUGGAUGCCAAAUGGUACGAACCGAUAUCUGAUAAAGAUGAGGAUAAAGAUGCAGCAAAUAGAGCAAUGGAUUUUGGGAUUGGAUGGUUCCUUGAUCCACUUUUCUUUGGUGACUAUCCUCUUUCAAUGAGAAGGCUUGUGGGAGAAAGGUUACCUCAAGUCAUACCAGAGAUGUCCAAAUUGCUAGUGGGGUCUUUCGACUUCAUUGGCAUAAACCAUUAUACCACACAUUAUGCCAGGAAUGACAGAAGUCGAAUCCGGAAACUAAUAUUGCAGGAUGCUUCAUCAGAUGCUGCCAUUAUUACUACUGCUUUUCGAGGUGGAGCUGCCAUUGGAGAAAGAGCAGCUUCACGAUGGAUACGCAUUGUCCCAUGGGGCAUUAGGAAGUUGGCUAGAUAUCUGAAAAAUAAGUAUGGUAAUCCACCUGUUAUAAUAACAGAAAAUGGUAUGGAUGAUUUAAACAGCCCAUUUAUAAGUAUAAACAAGGCUUUGAAAGAUGACAAAAGGAUAGAAUAUCACAGGGAUUAUCUCUCAAACCUGUCAGCUGCUAUAAGAAAAAUGAUCAAACACAGGGAAGAUAACUGUGAUGUCCGAGGAUAUUUUGUGUGGUCAUUGCUGGACAACUGGGAAUGGAACUGUGGCUAUACCGUUCGAUUCGGACUCUACUAUGUGGACUACAAAAAUAACCUUACAAGGAUUCCAAAGGCUUCUGUUGAAUGGUUUAAAAGUCUACUGAGGCUAAGAAGUGAUAUUUCAGCAAUUUGAGGAACCAGUCGAAUCUGCAACAUGUAAAUGUCACACCAUAGAAAUUUGAAAAAGAAAAUUAUAACAAAUAUAAGGAAUGAAAAAAAUGCCAUCAAUCCUUUUUUCCUUUUUCUCCAAUUCCUCUGCUUUACUUUCUGGUACCAGUUCACCUGAUCUUAUUGCCUUAAAAAUGAGAUAUCAAUUAGAAGGAAAACUUUAAUUUUCUGCAGAAGUUUUUUAAAAUGGGUGACAGGUGACUAAGUUCUAGCUGAUUAUAUUCAUUUAAAUAAAGUGACCAAUGCCAGAAGUUCAGCAAAAUGGGACCCAAAAGUUGCAAUUGAAAAGCAGAUAAUCAUUUGGAUUAUUGGUAGUCCUAAAUCUUAGUUGCAAUGAUUGUAACGAUCAAAUCAAUCUUGAUGACAUCAAGUACAAAAAAAAGAAGGCAAUUGAAAAGCAAGACUCCUUGAUAAAACGACCAAGGACAAGGCAAUGACAACCAGCCAUGUCAUUUGGA